CGCAUCAUGAACACCCUUGUCGCACAACUAACUUCGAAGACGCCCUCAUCGACGCGCGAAUCGAGGCGCAAAUUAGGCGGUACCGUCUCUAUAGUGGGCUCGGACUUGAGUGAAGAGGUAGUUUCCAACAAUGUUCCCCCUGUAACCCCUGCGACGAAGUCAAAACUGCUGCGCGCGCCGCUUCGCGAGCGUACCAACUCACGGUUGAGCGAAGAAGCCGGCCUUGCGACUUUGGCACUCGAGGUGGACGAGAAGAGACCUUUCUAUUCAGCGCCGCGAAAGACGUCGAAGACGGAACCUGACGAUGAUAAGUCAGCCGCGGUAACUGCUGCGCUCAUGCUUGUGAAAGAUGGCCUCGCAGCCCUCCGGACUGCAGGCACAGAUCCUAAACAAAAGCUUUUGCAGCUUUUUGCAACCAGCGCUGAGUGCAGUGAUGUGAAAGCUACAGUAUCACUUUUCGUCAUCAACCGUCUCGUAGACGCGCUCGACGCGCAUGAAACGGUAUCUCAGUCCAUCCAUGAACGUGUGCCGGAUCGCAUCGAUGCCUCGGCGUUGGACGAUUAUGAUAAAUACUCGGUGGCAGCGGCACCCGGCUCAAGUUUCCUUAACCGUGUACCACAUGGUUCAGCUGUCGAUGUUCCCCCUCAUACGAUCACAAAAAUACCAGACAUCGUCGACGAGAACAACCUUAGCUAUGGUCCCAGUAGAUGCAAAACAGAACCCGGCGGCGGUGUGUGCGACACCUCACGGUGUCUAGCACAAUUCUGUGGACCUUUUAUUUUACCAGGAACAAAAGUUGAAGAGCAGAGCAAGCAAGUGUCGAUUGCAUCGUCAGAGGUCUUCGAGGUUCAAAGCGGUAAAACAGAGGUGUACAAGGAUUUUGAUAGCGAAGACAAUCAUUCGAUGGCGGAGACAGAGAUUGACCAAGAUGAGUCAGUCACGGACACUGCCUCCGAUGUCGGGACUGAAUGUGGCAGCACUGAGAAGGCCCUGACCGCCGAGGAAGCAGCAGUUUCACUAGUUGGGUCGCCCUUCAUAUCUCCUGGCCCCGAGGUUGUGGAUAUAUCUGAUAUAGAUGCCGCGCGCACGGUUGAUGGCGAUUCGGAUAAUGGCAAAGAAAUAGUCAUGAGAGUGACGCGACCCCCGGCUAUGUCAGCCGUGUCUACAGAGGAAGAGGAAGGCAAUGCUCCCAGAAAUCGCAGGAAACACCGACAAAGGCAAAGAGUCCGGAUUGUGCUCAGUGACGAUGAUGGUGCUCCUAAUUCACCAAUUGAUGCUAAAAGGAUGCAUAUAUCAUCUGGGGCGGUCACGUCAAAGCAGAUAACCUUACCGAGCGUAUUGACAGCUGCAGUGGGGGAUGCAAGUGGCAAGAAAAGAAUGUUGCGGAUCAAACCCACUACGCGAGCAACUAUACGCAGCGCGAAAGAAGACGCGCACAGCGACAGUGAUAAUCUCACAGUUCCAACCGUAGAAGCAAGCCGUGAAGCCGUACAUUCCGAGGUUGCUUGUGGAAAUCCCAUGUUCGCGCUGGAGAAAACGUCGAAAGUAUCCACUGAGGACACAAGUGAACCACAGGGGUGUUCAGCUGGCCUACGCUGUCAUGCCAUGGUAAAAGAUGUCAUCACAUCAGACCGCAUGAAAGCGAGUAUACGGCUUGGCGAUAGCGACUCAUGCAUAACUGAAAGCGGCGACGAACCCGACGACAUGGGCAUCGUAACUUCGAAUAGAACAGGUGUAUUCACGGCUGCCGUUGAUGAGAGGCUGACCAGCGAAAGUUGUGAACUUGUCACGGGGAGUGCAGAUCCAUAUGGCAUUGAUAAACUUCGCACGCCGACCCCGCCGCCGCAGAUAAAAUAUAGUUCUACCCCAGGCGGCUUCAAUUCAACGACGCCCGAGUGUACUGGUGGUAAAAAAGAAGCUGGAUUUGCCACUGUUCUGCCUCCAACGCACAGCAAGGCACUAUCCGCAGCGUUUGCCAGUGCAGCUAAACCAGGAAAGCAGAUAAAUUUCGCACGGCACAAAUCUGCUAUCGCGCAUGCCCUGUAUGACGAGUUUAACGCCAAUGCCUUCGAUGGGAGACUGCCGCCUAGGCUUGAGAUCACAUGGAAUGCAAAACUGCUGACAACUGCAGGGUUGACUCAUUAUAAGAAAAUUACGCGGAGCAGUGGGAUUUCGGAGUAUCAUGCGAGAAUUGAGCUAUCAACGAAGGUUCUAGAUUCAGCAGAGAAAUUGGAAGCAACUCUUUUACAUGAGCUGUGUCAUGUCGCAGCGUGGCUGGUAGAUCACUGCGCGAAGCCUCCUCACGGCGCAGUUUUUAAACGCUGGGCCACAAAAGCGAUGCGCGUGUACCCCGCGGUAAUAGUGGACACUUGCCAUAGUUAUCAGAUUCAUCAGCCCUUCAAAUACCGGUGCACCCAGUCUUGGUGCCAGCAAGAGUAUGGGCGGCAUUCAAAGUCCAUAGACGUAGAUGCCAAGGCAUGUGGAGUGUGCAACGGCAGGCUAGAGUAUAUCGGCAAAUUUAACUCUGACGGAACGCGAGUGGAAGAGAAGCCGCCGACAGCAUUUAGCUUGUUUGUCAAAGAGCACUUUGGAUCUGUUAGAGAACGUUUGCCUGCUGGGACACCGCACAAGCUGGUGAUGAAGGAGCUGAGCAUGCAGUGGAAGAGCGUGGGACGAACAGCAAAAUCGAUGAAUAAGACACCGUUUAGUACGCUAGGGGAGGGAAUGCGUGCGCUGAAACUUUGA